CAUCACUUUCUUUCCUCACACUUUGCUGCAUUUCCUUACUCUCUCUCUCUCUCUUAAACCAGAGACAAACCUGUCCUUCUAUUGCUAUAAAAGUAAACUCCAUUUCCUCUCAAGUCUCCUCCACACCAAAACCUCUCUCUCUCUCUUUUCAUUUCAAAGAACAACAAGAAAGAAAGCAAGAAAGACAAAAAUAAACAAGAGAAUGGAUGUUUCCACGAGAAAGCCUUAUUUCAUAGUAGAAGAAGCUGAGAUGGAUGCUGGAGUUUGGACUCCUUCUUCUUGUUACAAAAACAUGAAUAAGUACCAUCCUCAGAGUUAUUACAAUUACCAUCAGUACUCGCCCAGAUCCGUUGUUCCUGGGAAGUUUCAUGAUCUUAGAUUCGACCAUAGCUCUUUCGGACAACAAUCACUUCCUCACUUCUUGGACUCCUGUUCUCUCUGUAAGAAGCGUCUUGGUGAUAACAGAGACAUCUUCAUGUACAGAGGAGACACACCGUUCUGUAGCGAAGAGUGUAGAGAAGAGCAGAUAAACAAAGACGAAGUGAAAGAGAAGAAACGUAAUCUGUCUUCAUCUGUGAAAGCUAUGAGAAGAAAUGAAAAGAGAAGUUCUUCUUCUUCUCCAACUAGGUCUCGUGACUAUGCUUUACAUACUGGAACGGUUGCUGCUGCCUAGUUCGAUUCCUCUUUAUUUAAAACUGGAAGAUGGAAAAAAAAGGAAAGAGAGAAGAAUCAAUUAACGUCAACUGCUGUAAAAGCUGGUUAAUGAUGGUUUGAAUUUGAAAACUCAGGGAAACAAAAAAAUGAUAAAAAGAAAAUAAAAAGUGAAGAAACCUCUCUUUUUCAAGGGUUUGUCUCUUUUUUUUUCUUUUUAUUAUUAGUUUUAUUUUACAUAUUUCUUAAAAAACAAGCAAUUUUGGGAGUACAAGAAAACGUAAAUGUGAAUUUGGCAAAUCUUUUAAUUUCUUUUUUACUAUGUGAAGACAACAAAAAUAUAUGUAAUAUUAACAUCUUACGUAAAGCUGUUUGUAAUGGAAAGUUAAUAAUAUAAAGUGAUAAUAAUGCAACUA